AGUGGUGCCACCUUUGAAACUCUCCGCAAAGUAUCGACGGAAACAUCAGACGAUAUUUUGCCUUUUGUGUGGCCAUUCUGCCACACACGUGGAAACCUAUCGUCCAAACGUGACAUUUCCGAAUAAUACGUUGAGUCAUGGAUCCUGAUGCUGACGUCCCUAUACUGUUGGAAGCAAGUGAAACAAACCUACCCCACCAAUCUUUCCACGAAAGCAGCACAAAUGUUAGCGUAGCCGAUUCUGCUGCUGCAACCAUGGGGAGUGAGUCAUUUAGGGAAUUUAGUGAUCGCGGACAAAUCAGCAGCAAUUCUUCUUCCGACGAUGAAAUCUCUGAUGAGGAUUCUUUUGUUGAGUCAGCCUGUAACAGCAAUAAACCCUUGUCUACCCAAGAAUGCUUUAAUGAAAGUGACAUGAGCAGUGAUGAUGAUUGGGUUGAGGAACCUUGUGCAGAUGAACCCAUGCAUAAUAUCCCGUGCCUAUUUUGUGUUGAAAUUUUACCAAGUGCUCAUUCUUUGCUUGAGCACUGCAAGAAUGUUCAUCACUUUAGCUUGCCUGCUCUACAAAAAAGACAUGGAAUGGAUCAGUACAGCUUCAUCAGGCUGAUCAAUUUUAUUCGUUCCUGUAAUGUUACUUCCAGGGAAGUCAUGGAAAUGGACACACCUAUUUGGGAGCAAGACAAGUUUAUGAUGCCUGUAAUAGAGGAUGAUGCUCUCCUUAUGUAUGAUUUUGAUGGGGAUGAUGGUCUGAAGUCGACUGUAUCGCAAGCGGUGUCUACCACUGCUUCUUCAGCCGAUAGUGAUAAUGUUAAAGUGCGAACAGAGGGACAAAUGUUUUCAAAUUUUCGCGUGGCGAAUGCCGAAGGUGGCCAUGUAACACUGAGUCAAGCUCAUUUUGAUGAUUUGCAUGCUACCCUCCAGAAGAUGCAGCUGGUCGUCGACGAGUCUAAUGCAACUUUGAAGCAAUAUCAAAAAGACAUGGAUUCAAUGCGCAAGGCGAUGAAACAUAUGGUUAUGGGUGAUAAACAAUCGAAAGAAGAAGAAGAGCUCGCUGCAAUUCAGCGUUUUGAGGAGGAAGAAGACGAGGAAGAUGGUUAUUUUUCUGGUUAUGCGCAUUUUAGCAUCCAUCAUGACAUGCUUGCCGAUAAACCGAGGACAGAUAGCUACCGAGACGCCAUUAUUAAAAAUAGUCACAUGAUCAAGGACAAAGUUGUUCUAGAUCUUGGAUGUGGAACUGGUAUCUUAUCCAUGUUUGCUGUUCAAGCAGGAGCUUCCAAGGUUAUCGGUGUGGACCAGUCACAAAUAAUUUUUAAUGCCAUGGCAAUCAUAAGAGAGAACAAGAUGGAGAACAAGAUAAAAUUAAUUCGCGGUCGAAUUGAAGAAGUUACCCUGAGUGAACCAGUGGUUGAUGUGCUAGUGUCAGAAUGGAUGGGCUAUUUUCUUUUGUUUGAAGGCAUGUUGGAUAGCGUUAUUCAUGCAAGAAACAAAUAUCUUGCGCCUGGUGGCCUUAUGCUUCCGAAUGCUUGUACUAUCUCAAUGAUGGCAGUUGGAGAUUCUGAACGAUACUCUGAAAUGGUGAGAUUCUGGGAUGAUGUUUACGGAUUGAAGAUGACGUCAAUGCGGCCAGAGGUUCUCCGCGAGGCCUCGAUUGAAACUGUCCCGGUUGAGAAAAUUCUCAGCGAUCCGUCUUUAGUACUCCAACUAGAUCUUAAAACCUGUACAUCGCAAGAAACGGAAUUUUUCAGAGCUUUCCAAUUGAAAAUGACACGAGAAGAUAAGCUGACUGCUUUAGUUGGUUCAUUUGACGUUACAUUCCAUUUGGAUCACACCGUUAUGCUUUCCACGUCGCCCUACAGCCCGCCAACUCAUUGGAAGCAAACAGUCUUUUAUUUGCCUGAGCCCAUAACCGUCCAUGCAGGACAAGUACUCGAAUGCAGCAUCAAAGUUCAGCGUCAUAGCAAAGAAGUUCGCUGGCUGGAUGUCGCUAUAAUGAUUAAUGGUGACAAAUUCAAAUACAGCCUUAGCUAAACCACCUCCUUUUUUAUGUAAUAUCCAUACAAUCAUAUUUCUUUGAUACCGUGCUUGUUAUUCAGUACAACAUGUAUACAUAA